ACAGUAUACAGAGAUAGCCUAUAUAAAAUUGUAGGAAUGGUGUGGACAAUCUUAUAUAAUUUUUUAAUAUAUUGUUGUCGUCUGUAUUUGAUGACUGAGAGUGAAGGAUUUUGAGAAAAAGAAAAAAAACCCAAAAACAAAAAGUUGUGUUUAUUGGGUGUGAUGUGGGAUGACAGAUCUCAGACACCCAAGAGCUGAAAACCACUUAAAAUGUGGUUCUGAGAUUUGGUUGAACUAGUGGUGGUAGUGGUGGUUUGACUGGGAGGGAUUUCUACCACACCAACAAUGGAGGCCAAUGCUGGUAUGGUCGCAGGAUCUCAUAAGAGGAAUGAGCUUGUUCUGAUUCGCCAUGAAGGAGAAGUUGGUCCAAAGCCUCUGAAAGAUUUGGAUGCCCAGAAGUGCCAUAUAUGUGGAGAUAAUGUGGGAGUGACAGCUAAUGGGGAGCUCUUUGUGGCCUGCAAUGAAUGUGCAUUUCCAGUUUGCAGACCUUGCUAUGAAUAUGAGCGUAAAGAAGGAAACAAGUCCUGUCCUCAGUGCAAGACCAGAUACAAGAGGCACAAAGGCAGUCCGAGGGUGGAAGGCGAUGAGGAGGAAGAUGAUGUUGAUGAUUUAGAGAAUGAGUUCAACUACUCUCAUGUGCAAAAAAACACAAAGCAGGAGAGAGCUGAAGUAAUGAUGCAGUGGCAGAUGUAUGGGCGAGGAGGAGAGGAAGUUGAUUCAGUUACUUCUUCUAGACAGGAGCCCCGUUCUCAAGUUCCUUUGCUCACUAAUGGGCAACCGGUCUCUGGAGAAUUUACAGACGUGUCUUCUGAGCAUGCAGCUACAAAUGGUGGUGCAGGAGGAAAGCGAGUUCAUUCACUCCCUUAUGCUGAUCCAAAUCAGCCAGUUCAAGUGAGAAUCGUGGAUCCAUCAAAGGACUUGAAUUCCUAUGGACUUGGAAAUGUGGACUGGAAGGAAAGAGUAGAAAGCUGGAAACUGAAACAAGAGAAGAGUAUGCUGCAAAUGACUAGUGGUGGACGGUAUGCUGAUGGAAAAGGAGAUAUGGAGGGUACUGGUUCAAAUGGUGAAGGACUGCCGCUGGCUGAUGAAGCACGGCAACCUUUGCAUAGGAGUUUCUCUAUUUCUUCCUCCAAGCUCACUCCAUACAGGGUUGUGAUUGUUCUUCGACUUAUCAUCCUGGGAUUUUUCUUUCAUUACCGAGUCAUGACUCCUGUUCCUAAUGCAUAUCCACUAUGGUUAGUCUCAGUGAUCUGUGAGAUCUGGUUUGCUGUAUCGUGGAUUCUUGAUCAGUUUCCAAAAUGGAUGCCCAUCAACAGGGAAACCUUUCUUGAUAGGCUUGCUUUGAGGUAUGACAGAGAAGGAGAACCAUCUCAGUUAGCUGCUGUGGAUAUUUUUGUCAGUACAGUUGACCCUCUCAAGGAGCCUCCCAUUGUCACAGCAAAUACUGUGUUGUCAAUCCUUGCUGUUGAUUAUCCUGUUCAUAAGGUUUCAUGCUAUGUAUCUGAUGAUGGAUCUGCAAUGUUAACUUUUGAAUCCCUUUCAGAAACUUCAGAAUUCGCAAGGAAAUGGGUUCCAUUCUGCAAAAAGUACAACAUUGAACCCAGGGCUCCAGAAUUCUACUUUGCCCAAAAAAUUGAUUAUCUUAAGGAUAAAGUACAACCUUCCUUUGUGAAAGACCGCAGAGCAAUGAAGAGAGAGUAUGAAGAGUACAAGGUCCGGAUUAAUGCUCUUGUUGCCAAAGCACAAAAGGUUCCUGAAGAGGGCUGGACUAUGCAAGAUGGAACUCCAUGGCCAGGCAACAACCCUCGGGACCAUCCUGGGAUGAUUCAGGUAUUCUUAGGUCAUAGUGGGGCACUUGACACUGAUGGAAAUGAACUACCCCGCUUAGUUUAUGUAUCUCGUGAAAAGAGGCCUGGUUUCCAACACCACAAGAAAGCUGGUGCAAUGAAUGCAUUGGUUCGUGUUUCUGCUGUCCUUACAAAUGGUCCCUUCCUAUUGAAUCUUGAUUGUGAUCACUAUAUAAACAAUAGUAAGGCUCUGCGAGAGGCUAUGUGUUUUAUGAUGGAUCCUGCUGUUGGAAAGAAGACAUGCUAUGUGCAAUUCCCUCAGAGGUUUGAUGGUAUUGAUCGACAUGAUCGAUAUGCGAAUCGCAACACAGUGUUCUUUGAUAUCAACUUGAAAGGUCUGGAUGGGAUCCAGGGGCCUGUCUAUGUUGGCACAGGUUGUUGUUUCAAUAGACAAGCACUUUAUGGUUAUGACCCUGUUCUGACAGAAAAGGACCUUGAACCAAACUGCUUCUUUAAGUGCUGCUGUGGUCCCAGGAAAAAAGGCAAGAAAACAACUAAAAAUUAUGGUGACAAGAAGAGAACCAAGCGAACCGAAUCUACUAUCCCCAUCUUCAGUUUGGAAGACAUAGAAGAAGGCGUGGAAGGCUAUGAUGAUGAAAAAUCAUUGCUAAUGUCCCAGAAGAGCUUGGAAAAAAGAUUUGGUCAAUCACCAGUGUUGAUUGCAGCAACUCUAAUGGAAGAUGGUGGCGCUCCUCAAUCUGCGAAUCCUGCAUCUUUGAUGAAAGAAGCUAUUCAUGUGAUCAGCUGUGGAUAUGAAGACAAGUCGGAAUGGGGAAAAGAGAUUGGGUGGAUUUAUGGUUCGGUUACAGAGGAUAUUUUGACUGGGUUCAAAAUGCAUGCUCGAGGCUGGAUUUCAAUCUACUGCAUGCCUACUCGUCCCGCAUUCAAAGGAUCUGCACCAAUCAAUCUUUCAGAUCGUUUGAAUCAAGUUCUCCGAUGGGCCCUUGGUUCUGUUGAAAUUCUUCUGAGCAGGCAUUGUCCAAUUUGGUAUGGCUACAGUGGAAGGUUGAAGCCCUUGCAGAGGUUGGCAUACAUCAACACCAUAGUUUAUCCUGUUACUUCCUUGCCAUUGAUUGCAUACUGUACACUGCCAGCUGUCUGUCUUCUUACAAAUAAGUUUAUCAUUCCUGAGAUUAGCAACUUUGCAAGCUUUUGGUUUAUUUCACUCUUUAUAUCCAUUUUUGCAACUGGCAUCUUGGAGUUGCGGUGGAGUACAGUUGGGAUUGAUGAAUGGUGGAGAAAUGAGCAGUUUUGGGUUAUUGGAGGUGUAUCAGCACAUUUGUUUGCCGUCUUUCAGGGGUUAUUGAAAGUUCUUGCAGGAAUUGACACAAACUUUACUGUUACAUCUAAGUCUUCAGAUGAGGAUGGCGAGUUUGCUGAGUUAUAUGUUUUCAAGUGGACGACCCUUCUUAUUCCUCCAACUACACUGCUUGUUGUAAACCUUGUUGGUGUGGUGGCAGGUGUUUCAUAUGCCAUUAAUAGUGGUUAUCAAUCGUGGGGUCCUUUGUUUGGAAAAUUGUUUUUUGCUUUCUGGGUGAUUGUUCAUCUUUACCCUUUCCUCAAGGGAUUGUUGGGACGUCAAAAUCGUACACCUACAAUUGUCAUUGUUUGGUCAAUUCUUCUUGCAUCCAUUUUCUCGUUGCUUUGGGUAAGGAUAGAUCCCUUCACAUCAAAUAAUACAUCUUCAUCCCAACAAUGUGGUGUCAAUUGCUAAAGAGUUUAUGGGUUUUAUUCCUUGCCACAUGUCGGGCAAACGGCAAAUCAUUUGAGGGCUACAAUGUCUCUGAUGUGUUUGUAACAUCUGUAGAUAAAUAAGUAUUGAGAUGAGGGACUUAAACUUUAGAUUGGCAGCUCUUUCCAUUGAAGGUACCAAUCCUUUAUUAUUUGUAUUUGAGUGCUAUUACUUGAGUUUCUAUGGUGCAGCUAUUUCUCUGCUUAGCAAAGAUAACUCAGGAUAUGCACCUGCCUGUCCCGGACGUUGAAUGCAUGUCAUGGAUGGACAUGGAAUAUAUGUAACUUAAUAUUCAGGACAGCUAUUGUUUUCAUAAUAUUUAUUUAUUUAUUUUAAUGAAAAUUCAUGUCAUGGACAUGGUCAAUGACAUUAGUCUUA